UCAAGUAGCUAAAAAACGAAAACCGGAAACACAUUUUAUUAGUUAUUCAAAAACAGCCAUGCACUGUUUUUAUAAUGGACUAUAUGAUUUAUUAAGGCUGUGGAUGAUCUGUGCGUCGAUUUUCAUAAAACAUGGAAUCGCCGGUAAAAUGAAGAUAGUCGAGGAGCCAAACACAUUUGGGUUGAACAAUCCUUUUCUGGCUCAAGGAAACCGACUACAGCCUAAAGUUACUCCAAAUCCAGUGUCUGGCCCUGCACACCUUCAUCGGUUGGCUGGAAAAUGCUUCAGUUUAUCAGAGUCAACGUAUAAAUAUGAAUUCUGCCCAUUUCACAACAUCACUCAACACGAGCAGUCAUUUAGAUGGAACGCUUACAGUGGGAUACUGGGGAUCUGGCAGGAGUGGGAAAUAGCAAACAACACUUUCACAGGCAUGUGGAUGAGAGACGGGGAUACUUGUGGAACUAGAAACAGAGAGACAAAGGUGGAUCUUGUCUGCAGUGGGAACAGCAAACUUGCCGCAGUCUCAGAGCCCAGCACUUGUGUGUACUCCCUAACCUUUGAGACGCCACUUGUUUGCCAUCCACAUUCUCUUUUAGUGUACCCUAGCCUGACUGACAAUCUGCAAAAGGAAUGGGAUGAAGCUGAGCAGGCUCGCUAUGAAGGCCUUAUUACUGAGCAGGGAUAUAAUAAUCUUCUGAGGGAUAUUUUUGAGGAUGCUGGUUUCCUGAAGAGCCAAAAAGUAAAGGUGAAGCCGCCAGAGGUUAUAGCCGAUCCACAGACCGACAACUCUUUACAAAAAUGUACUGAGGACCUUCAAAAACAGAGAGAAGAGACUGAAAGACUGCGUGCUCUCCUCAGUCAACACAAUAUUCCUUUUGAUUUAACACCAGAUGAAGCAAAGGCCACAGUGAGUCAGAUGGUUAGGGAUCAACACUUAAGAGGAGAUAACGGCCUUAUUGAUCUGCAUUGAAAAUCACCCGCAGCGAGUCACCAUCGCCACUUUUCAUUCAUAUCUUCAUCACUUGACUGGGUUUUGAAGAUUUUGUUGGUCAGUGUGAGCGGCAGUGACACUGGCUGGACGCUGAGGAGACAGGACCGCAGAUCAAAUAUACCUGACAAGGGUUAAAGACAAAAACUGAACUCAUUUGAGGAUUACGACAUUGUUCCAGACUCUACAGCAGGAGUAAAACCUUUCAGAGGAACUACAGAAUGACACUCAGGCUUUUUUUUUCUCGUUUCAACAGAAAGGAAGAUUUUGUUACAUGUUAACAUUGUGUAAACAUGCAGCAGAUUGAGUAAUAUUAAAAGGAUUUAAGAGAAAAAAGGAAAGUUUAAAGAGUAAAAAAAAAAGCUUAUUUAUGUCUCAACACUUAAAUGUCUUCAGCUGUUUUACACAUAUCAUAAAGGAGGAAAAAAUCUGUUAUGGUUGAAGAAUUAUACUAACACCUUAUUUAUUUCCCAGUCUUUUCAAAUGCACUAAAAAACUGAAUGUCUUAUGCCGGACAGGAGUCUCUUUGAGAAAAUAUCUACAAAGGGUGCAACAACUACAAGGGUAUAUCUACAAGAACAUUGGAUUAAAAACAAAAAAAUCUCUCCUGUUGGACCAAAUAAAGAGCAUUUUAUUAAAUGAC